AUGGACGCUAUUCGCAAAUUGGUUGCUCAGUACUUUCAGCUUGUGGAUCCUCCCAAUCUGGCUCUUCCUCCAGGCCAUGUACUUGUGCGCCCGGAAACCCAGACAGCUCUGUAUGAGCGUAUGUUUGACGAGUCUCUCACCCCACUCCCGCCAACCAACUACCGCGCCCGUGUUCUGAAAGUGAUACUGGCCCAAAUUGAAGCGUCUAUACAGAACCCAGAUGAAGAUGAAAUCCUCGACGACCUCAUGACAUGCUGGGCCAAUUUGAUUGCACAGCCCAAGCCCAGCUCUUUAACAUCUGCGCAGCAGUUGUCUCAUAUCAAAUAUACCACCCCAAUAAAUCCUUCAGAUGCUGCAUUAGAACGGACAGUGAUUACAUCCGAGUCCCGUGGCCUUAUUCUUGCCGGUGGAACAACUGGGUUCAGGACUUGGGAAGCUGCCCUCCAUCUCGGAUCAUUUCUAUCAUCCCCAUCCGGGGAAGAGCUAGUACGAGGGAAGCGCGUGAUUGAGCUGGGUGCUGGAACCGGGUUCUUGUCACUAUUGUGCGCAAGGCACUUAGGGGUGCGCGGGGUUAUAGCGUCGGACCGGGAGAUCACACUUAUUGAGAAUAUGAACCGCUCUGCUCCCUUGAACAGGGUUGCAGAUUCAGAGAAGCCAAUGCCAUUUCAUGCGGCUUUGUGGGAAUGGGGCACCCCUCUGGAAUGGACGGACGACAUGCAGGAUUUUGUGGAGAAUGACCACAUCAGCUUUGAUAUUGCUCUUGGGGCAGACCUGAUUUAUGACACGGAUAUUGUUCCUCUUCUCUUAUCAACUGUGAGGGAUCUUUUCGAGAAUUAUCGAGUCCAGCACUUCAUCAUCGCGGCAACAAUACGGAACGAGGAUACCUUCAAAACAUUUCUCUCUGGAUGCGGUAAGCAAUACAUCGUCACCCGUUUUAGCUUGAAGGGGCAAGAGGAAGUGCUAACUGCAACAGAUACACACCAAUUUGCUGUUGAACGCAUCGCUUUCGAAUCAACCCCUUCGGACCAGCAGACUGGAUUUUUCCACGCGACAAAUAUCCCUAUUUGA